AUAAUAGAGACCUUGUUGCUGUCUAACAGGAAGUGCCUUCUAAUCACAAGUUAGCUAUCAGAACUACUACGAAUCAAUGAUAGCAUCAGCAUAAUGCUUAACGACAGUGAUCUUGCAACGCUUCGGAAUAGAUUUAAGAGAGAUGCGGAGUUUCUUAUGCAAACAACGACAUCGGGUGACGACGAUGAAAAGAGUCAGGAGGAAAAAGAUGCUAAACCUCUCCCUCGCAUUAACAAACACUCCAUUUUCUGGAUCGUGGCAUCUGUAGGCGUGACCUACUAUGUGGAUUUCCUCCGCAACAUCAUGGAGAACAAUGAUAUCAAAAGCUGGUGGUUCAAUGUGGGUCUGAUACUUCUCGGGAUCUGCCUGUCUCUGGCCAUGUUUUGCAUUGUGUACUUGGAGUGGUACAAAGGCAUAACGCACUACGACCAUGAGUACCCUGCCAUUCCUCCCAUCACCACUGCCGCCUUUAUUGCUGCUUCUUGCAGCUUUAACAUCGCAUUGUGGCCAGUGUGGUCCUUCUUCACUCCACUCAUCCUCUUCGCACAGUUCAUGGGUGUGGUCAUGUUCAUCUCUUUGCUUGGAUGAAUGUGACGAAGGUGAGGAUGAUACGCUGUCACUUUUCAAUAAAUUGUCUUUUUAGUGAAACAAGCGACACUCGCCUUAAAUUGUGAACAUGUUUUGUUCAAAUGUUGUCAUUAAAAGUUAAUUAUUUAAUACAAAUCAUUCGUAGAUGAAGAAUGUGAGCUUUACAUCUGCUUGUUAACCACUCCACUGGUAUCAGUACAGAACACACACCUCCCGAAAGCACUUCAACGCCGAAAUCAAACACACACCUUAAUGGUUUACUUCAUCAGCCCACACACACACAUCUUCUCCUUUUUGAAACAUUCAGCAACACAUGCACUAAACACAGCAGCCAACCUUUUGCAACAUUUUCAAAGUAAGAUACUCAGCCAAAGGCAGUAACAAUUGUCUUUUUAAGGUUAAGAUUUCUUUAUAGCAUAAUCUAUGCUUAUUGUAUAUGCAUAUUGUAGCUUUAUGAGAUUUAGAAAUAAAAUAAUCUACAUAUCUAAUAUACUGUAAAAAUACAAUUAGUAUAAAUAAGGCAGGAAUCGUGAUGUGCAGGCUGAGUAAGAACGCUGACCACAUCCCUUCCAAUUCACCUCCUCGUGUUUAGGCACAACACCAGCAGCAGAUGGACUUUUUGUUAGAAUAUCAGACGUCCUUACUGAAGUGACACAGCUGUUCAUUGGGUGUUGAUGUUUUCUUUUUGGCUGGGGCAUAUCAGCAUUGUAAGAUCACUGUGCUGUUGGUAUGCUCAGUUAAAUCACUUAAGGAUUUCUCAUUGUUGUGUGUGCUUUUUUUUUUGUUGUUUUUUGUGUGUCAAGAAAUGUGACGCAUUGUGUUGAGUGUUUGGCAAACAGUACUUUUUUUUCAUGGUAUGAGUGUAACGACUAGUGAGAAUGGUCCUUUUUCACAGUAGACAUUUUUGCUUGUGCUCGUAGGAAAAGCUGAUAUUCAGUAACAUUCACGGUUUUGUUGAAAUGCUUCGGUAAGUCGUGGCAGUGAGACAGUGAACCCACAUGCAAAACGCCAACAAUUUUUUUUCUUUUAAAUCUGUGGCACAAUACAAUGUCCUCUGUGAAAAAUGUGUGCUGAAUGUAGAAAAAGUGCAUAUAAGCAGGCUUUAAGUUCUACCAUUUAUAACUGUGUUAAUGCAACCAACAAAGUUUUUUUUUUUACUAUUAUUAUUUUCUUCAGUAGUUUGUGGUGAAAAAUGUAAACACAUAUUCAGUGUUUUUUUUUUCUUUAAUAAAUAAA